AUGGAGGGACUCCAUGCCGUGGCAGAACGCCAUGACAAGGCGUUCGAUACAUUGCUGGAGCAAUUCCGCGGAUUCCCCACUGGGCAGCAGGUCACACCCAUAAUCUCCCAGCCUAGCCCAGUGUCCCGAGAACCCCACUUACCUCCUCCGGGGCUCUACGCUAGAGAUUCCAGAACUUGCCAGAAUUUUCUUUCCCAGUACUCCCUCAUUUUCAAGCUGCAGCCUUCUUCGUUCCCCUCGGGCCGCUUGAGGAUAUCGUCCAUCAUAAAGUUGAUGUCCGGGAGGGCACUCGCCUGGACCACGGUGGUGUGGGAGCAAAAAUCCUCUGUCUGCCUCAGUCUAGAGGAGUUUGUGGAGGAUUUUCGGAAGGUGUUUGAUUCUCCUUUGUCUGGGAGAGAGGCUGCUCAUAACCUGCUCCAGCUACGUCAAGACUCCUGUAGUGUGGCAGACUACGCAAUGGAUUUUCGCACGUUGGCGGCUGAGAAUGCCUGGAACCUGGAAGCAUUGUUCAACAUGUUCCUUCAGGGAUUAUCGGAGGUGUCCGGGAGCUGUCCAUGGACCUUUACUCCCUCAGCCUUGACCAUCCGGAUUGAUGGGCUGCUUCAAGAAUGUAGGAGGGAGAAGGAAUCUGUGCCCUGUUGCCCUCGUUUGUCCUUGAUUCCCACCUCACCUCCGAAGAAUCCCGGAGACCCCCGAAGUCUAAGUGUCCGAGUGAACCCGACGUCACCCGAGUUCUCUCGGGAAACAGAGAGGGCUGCCGACUCGCCUCCUUCGGAGUCCAUGAACCUGGGCAGGGCUAGAUUGACACGGUUGAGUGCCUACGCUGACUCCACACCCAGAGCUGUCUAUAUUGUGGGACACAAUCCCAUCAUAGACUGGACAGCUGGUGCCAUUAUGGGUUGGAGCCUAUUCUGCCACGCUCAUUGUCUGAAGUCAGUGCAGCCUGCCUCGGGAUGUCUUCCUGUGGGCUCGGGAGUUGACAUGGACCUCUCCGCCAUUCCCGUGGAGUACCAGGACCUCCGGGAGAUUUUCAGUAAGGCCCGGCCACUUCACUUCCUCCGCACCGACCCUAUGACUGCGGGAUCGACCUUCUCCAGGCACCACACCGCCCCGGAGAUGACUUUCUUCUUUGUGGAGAAGAAGGACAAAAUCAUGCGCCCGUGCAUCGGCCUCAAUGACAUCACGGUGAAGAACUGCUACAUGCUACCAUUCAUCGCCUCUGCCUUCGAGACAAUCCAGAGGGCCACCGUUUUCUCCAAGUUGGACCUGCAGAACUCCUACCAUCUGGUGCGGAUACGGGAAGGGGACGAGUGGAAGACUGCCCUCAACACGGCCCGCAGCCACUACGAAUACCUGGUCAUGCCAUUUGGAUUUACCAACGCCCCAGCUGUGUUUCAGGCCCUGGUUAAUGACGUUCUCCGCGACAUGUUGAACCGAUUCAUUUUCGUCUACCUUGAUGACAUCCUCGUUUUCUCCCACUCAGCCCAAGAACAUGUGCUCCACAUCCUCCAGCGCCUCCUGGAGAACCAGCUUUUUAAAUCCAAGAACAUCAAGCCGGAUGCGCUGUCACGCCGCUAUAGCCCCGCGGCUAUACCUUUGGACCCCGAGACCAACCCUCCCACCCCGUGUCUGGCGACGCUACCCUCUGCCAAAGAGACGGCCCAGCUCUGUGUGCAGCAUGUCUUCUGGAUCCAUGGACUCCCGGUGGAGAUGGUCUCCGACCGGGGCCCUCAGUUCUCAUCCCGGAACUGGAAGGCGCGCUUCCUGAAGGUUCGACCGGAGGGCAGUGGAUUCCAGUAUCUGGUUGACUGGGAGGGUUAUAGCCUGGAGGAGAGGUGCCGGGUCCCCGCUAAGGACACCCUGGACUCAGGCCUCAAUGCUGAGUUCCAACACCAGCAACCAGGGAGAGCCCUGGAGUGGGCCAAUGCCGUGUGGGAGGAAGGAGAUGCGGCGCUGGACCACUUCAAAGAUUUCCCCCGCCGCUUCCGGGCAGUCUUCGACCACCCGCCUGAGGGUAGAGAUGCGGGUGAACGUCUCAUUCAUCUGAGGCAGGGGACGAGGAGCGCCCAGGAUUUCGCUCUGGACUUCCGGACCCUGGCCGCUGGCGUGGGAUGGAACGACAGGUCCCUGAUCGACCACUAUCGUUGCAGUUUGCGCAAGGGCGUCCGUCGGGAGUUGGCCUGCAGGGACACCACUCUCACUUUCAAUCAGCUGGUGGACCUGUCCAUUCGGUUGGAUAACCUGCUGGCUACUCGCGGACGUCCAGAUCAGGGUCUGUCGGUUCCAUUCCCCAGUGCCACCGCUCCGACGCCUAUGGAGCUGGGAGGUGCUGCGCUUAGGGAGACCGGAGGAGGUUCCGUUUCAGGCACCAUCUGUGGCCGCAGAGGACCAGGUUCCCAAAAUGUGAAGGCAGAUGCACUGUCCCGGCUGUAUGACACAGAGGAGCGGCUCAUGGAUCAUACUCCCAUGCUCCCAGGCCCCCUGCCUGUUGCUGUGGAAGGGGGCCAGAUGUUUUGUGAAUUAGAGGAGAAAGUGGCACUGUCUUAUGAAGACUCUAUGGAUGAGAACCUCUCUGAUGGUGCCGAGCGCAAAAGUGUGAAAGAUGCAGAUGACUCAGGCAGCAAAGGUGAAGAAGAUGGUGGACAAUCAAAAUCACAGGUUGACGAUGGACACAGUGGGAAGUCGGACGUAAGGCCACCGAACAAGGACGAGUGGGACGGACCAAGAGAGCUGGAGAUUCUCUAUGACGGUACAGAGUGGCAGACACGUUCUCGCCAGGCACUUCCUGUGGGCAUCACAUGGGGUCCUUUCGAGGGGAAGAUCGAAAUGACCACAGCAGGAAGUUACAUGCGGCCUGUCCCAAUGGUUCUGACUGGCGGUCCCAGGUGGCUUCAGGACAUCACCUGGCUGGCAGCAGAAGACGACAAGAACAACUGUGUAGUGUACAGUAUAGGUGGACAACUUUGGUGCACUACAACCAAACCCAUCAUGGAAGGAGAGGAGCUAGCUGCGUUUGCUGUGGACUUCUACUCCCGUCUUCAGGCGGUCAACCAGGCAGCUCUCUCUGAGGGAAUGUACCCGGCCAGAUUGCUGGACUCCAUCCAACUAUUGCCCCAACAGGCCAACAUGGCAUCCAUACUUCCCAACGCUAUAGUCAACAAGGACAUCUUCCCUUGUAAGGCGUGUGGGAUAUGGUACCGCAGUGAGAGGAACCUGCAGGCUCAUCUGAUGUACUAUUGCAGUGGGAGACAGCGGGACUCAGUCUCAGACAUGAUGGCAGAGCAGUUAGACAGGAAGACUGGUCCCCAUCACAUGCCCAACGUAGGCCCCGGCCCCUACCCACACUGCAAUUUAACUGGAUCAGUACAGCAGGCCUUGGAGAUGCACUUGAACACCCACAAUGGUGUUAAGAUGGAGGACUUGGUGUCCACUGGCAGCAGUAGUAUGAAAUGCACAGUAUGUGACCUAACAGCGGACUCCCUCCCCAGCCUCCAGCAGCACAUUCUCUCCCACCUGUCUCAGACAAGCUACCGGUGCUCCCACUGCCACUUCAGCUUCACCUCCCCCAGGGAACUGGACAAGCACCGGGAGAAUCAGGGACACAGCCACAGCCCACUCAGACAGCACGGUCCCAGGCAGGUCGAGACAGAGUACUCUCCCAGGGAGGGCAGCAGCGUGGAGAGGAGCCCCCAGCGGGCCAUGGUGAAACGGGGGAAGGAGCUCCUUCAGAGCCCAGUACUGGGUAGCAUCCUUGACACCAGGACUAGUCCCAAAGCGGAGCUGGAGAAGAUGGAGACUUUCCCGGUGAAAGCUGACCCUAACUCAGGAAGCAGGGCUAGUUUCUCCUACACCAGUGUCAAAUCGGAACCCUCCAGCCCUCGCCAGGCAUCCUCACCCAUCCAGAACUACAUGGGCCCCGCAGCUUUCCCAAUGGGGCCAUUCUUACCCCCUUUCCCCUUCUCACAGGACAUAACAGCCGCCCCCCAGGCCUCGGAGAUCCUGGCUAAGAUGUCCGAGCUGGUGCACCGUAGACUGAGGCAUGGAGAUGCUAACAACUACCCCCCUCAUGUCAUGUACAGCACCCUUGUCCCCAAAGGGGCCACGUGUUUCAAAUGCAAUAUCACUUUCGGUAACUUGGACAACUACUUAGUUCAUAAAAAGGACUACUGUAAUAGCCGUUGGCAGCACGUGACCAAGCCACAUGACUACGCCAGUGUCCUGGACAAAGUGGCUGAUACAGGGAGCCCUAAAAGUGGGGGUUUGGGUGGGUUGGGCAGCAUGACCAUGGGUCAGGGUCAUCUAUCUGACCACAACAGUCAUCUCAUGUCCCCCCGCCUGAACUUGUCAGGACUGGAUGUUGGGGAAGGGAAGGCACAAGUGCAUGCUGAGCUCCCAGGUAGCGUGAAUAACCCCUCCACCCCCACCAGUUCAGAUGAGAACCCCUCUAUACAGGGAGAUGUGACAAGUCCCAAAACAUCCCAAACGCCUGAGACAGACCCUAACAAGACAACGUGCGAGCCCUGUAAGAUCACCUUUAGUCGUACCGAGACCUACAUGGUUCACAAGCAGUAUUACUGCGCCACGCGUCAUGACCCGCCCAUGAAACGAGUGCAUGGAAACAAACUGCCCGCCACCCAGAGAAUGGUUCGUACGCGGAAACGGAGGAAGGACUUAGAAAUUAGUGUUCCCGACCAUGAACAACAGAGGCCUCCCAUGAGUCAUCAGCCACAUUACUUUGGGAUAGCAUCCAUUGGAGGGCGAGGCAUGUACCAAGACCCAGGGAAGAUGUAUGGUAACCAGUUUCACCCCAGUUACAACUUGUUUCUUGGCAUGGUUCCUAAGCAUCCAGAGGCUAAUCUCCCUGUCACUAAAUCAGCUCUGAUCUCUCAGUGCAACGCCAUAGCUCAAGAUGAUCGGGACAGCCCUAUCGAUCUUAGUAAAAAGUGUUUAUCAUCAAGCCCUGGUAAAUUAUCGACCGCUCCUAAAAGACUCACGGACUAUCACGAGUGCACAGAGUGCAAGAUCAGCUUCAACAAAGUGGAAGACUACCUUGCGCACAAACUGAGCUCUUGCCCCAUCACUGCUCCAGAUCACAAAAUAUCUGAGGUUGUAAAAAGAGAAGGGUUUAACAACCCACUAGAUGACAACGAUACAAACCUGGAGAAAUGUGUCACCAAUGGAGCCAAUAAGGUGUCUUUUCAAACAGGUAGCACUAAGGGGGAACAGCUCGCUGUCAUCAAAGAGGAAAGCAGGGACCAGUUCCUGUCCCAAGAAUUUAACCCUCCAUUAUUUAAGAAAAUUCGACCUGGUGAACAGAUUUCACCCUUUUAUGGAAUCAAGCCUGCCGACUACACCACAGGUACAGUGGUGAUGCAGAGAGAGCAGAGACAGAGCCCCAAUGAAGGGAGUGAGGUGGAAAAAGAUCAGCCUAUGCCUGAUGGCUACCAGGAAACACAAGGUGUAUUGCCCCAAAAUGCCUGCCAGGAGCCUGAGAACACAGAGAACACACUCCAGGACAACAAGCUUGUUAAUUCCCAUCUCCCAGACAGCCAAGUAUCAUCCUUGUCAGAUUCAGACAGUCUUGUCAUUGUCAACCCCAAGAACAGCACUUCCUCAUCCUGGUCCUCCCCAGCAGUAUCUAAGACAGAGGAGGUCCUACCUUCCUGUGUGAAAAGAAGCCUAAACGGCUCCACCCAGGCAACACAGGGUAACGUCAAAUACUGCCGCCCCUGCGACAUCCAGUUCAACAACCUGUCCAACUUCAUAACGCACAAGAAGUUCUACUGCUCGUCACACACCGCCGAACACGUCAAAUGA